AUGACCAGAGGAAUACUUGCUAUUCAUAUUGGUAAGGGUAAAGAUUUAAAGAAAACUGAUGAUUUCGGCGACCCAUAUGUAGAAAUUUGGUUAGAUAAUUCCGCUCAAAAAUUCAAGACUGAAGCGAGAAGAGAUACUUCUACACCUGUUUGGGAUAAGAAAUAUCAUUACAACGUCACUAAUCAAUGUGAACUUAAUGUUAGAGUCAUGGAUGAAGAUAUUUUAUCGGAUGACUUGAUUGGAACAAGCAAAGUAGAUAUCUCAUCCGUCUACAAAGAUUAUUACUUAGAUACUUGGAUUAAUUUGCCCGAUGUGGAUGGCAAACACCGAGAUGGCCAAAUUCGUUUAAUUUUAGAAUUCUUUCCUCAUUAA